AUGUACAUCAUCAGGAAUGAACGAGSAAUGAGAACAUCCACAAACUAUCUGAUGUUAAACUUAGCUGUAGCAGAUCUUUUAUUUGGUGUUUUUCUUGCUCCUGAAUUCAUAUUCCUGCCUUUCUUCCGUCAUUCCGUGCCAGAUGGAGUUCUUGGUGACUGGCUUUGUAAACUACUGUUAGCAAGUAACAUCGCUUGGAUGGCGUGCAAAGUUUGUUUGUUCACAAUCUUGACGUUAUCUGUUGAACGAUACUUUGCUGUUUGCCGCCCUCACUCCUUCCGUCAACGAUUUUCUCUACGAAAUAUCAGAAAUUUGAUUUKGAUAUCCUGGAUCUACUCUUUYUUGGCAUCUUUACCGACUGUAAUCUGGGCAAAGCUCGAUGCUUCCAACAAAGGAGUUUGCAAACGAUUGCUGUUUACGAGCAAGUUGUAUGCCAUAUUUGUAGCCGCAGGAAUAUGUCUCGCAGCUUUAUUAAUGUUUUUUUCUUUGGCAAGGAUUUGCAUUUCCCUCUGGUGCAAGCAAACAGUCGAGCCUACAGGAGAACGAGAGAUCACYGAGAGAAAGAAGAAAAAGAGRGUCACUUKGUGUGUUCUUGCUGUAGUUGUCRCCUUUCUGUUGUGUUGGGUGCCUAGUUAUGCUGUUUAUUUACAUUUUGCGUUUUCCACUGAACUUCAGAGAAAUGUCGCAAGCAAGUUUUUUGUAGCUGUACUGUUGAUGAAUGUAAAUGCUGCUCUUAACCCGUUCUUGUACAAUUUAUCUAGCUUUAAGAGUUUCUUUAAAAGAAAAGUGGCAUGCAGCUCGAGCGUAGGUAGAAUUGUAAAUUYCAGUGAUAACACGAAUCAAAACAUACCGCCAUGAAUAAAAAAUAGGCGCUUAAACAGCGUAUGUGCCUAAAAUAAUGCAUAAUGCUAGAGUUACGCUCUUUUGCAUUGAACAAAUUGUCACGCUCACAACUUUAAUUUUGAGAGGUCAGGAAUUGGGCAAAA